AUGUUUAAUGCUCUGGGUGGCUUGGGGGGCUCGGGCCAGGUGGACCCUACGGUUGCUGCAAACGCAAACGUAGCUUUGCUCGCGGCUAAUGCUGCCACUGCGCUGUUUGUUGUCGGGCCUAUAUUCUCGAUCAUCGGUCCACGCGCCUGCUGGUUGGUUGGCGGAUGGACCUAUGCGCUUUACAGCGGAAGUUUGCUGGCCUUUAACACAUUGCCGCCGGCUAACCAUUUUUCAAAAGUCAUUGCAAAUGGCCCCUUCGUCAUCGUCGCCGGUGGCAUUCUCGGUGUCGGCGCCAGCUUCCUCUGGGUUGCUCAGGGCGCUAUAAUGACGACUUAUGUCCCCGAAGCCCAAAAGGGCCGUGCCAUUGCCGUAUUCUGGAUUGUCUUUAAUAUGGGUGGCACAAUCGGCUCCCUUGCCAGUUUUGGGCUCAAUUUCCACAACAGCCAAGGCACUGUAUCCAACAGCACAUACAUCGCCACGAUGGCCGUUAUGGGGUUUGGAUGGCUGAUCGGCAUCUUUAUCUGCCCCCCAUCCCGUGUCCAGCUCUCCCAACUCCGCGAAGCCGAAUAUAUGGUUAGAGAUCGCUCACUCCGGGCUUUGGGGAAACUGAUCUUCAGCACCAUCUUCCGCCUCCAAGUCGUGUGCAGCCUCCCCUUGUUUUUCUGUGCGAAUCUCUUCUACUCCUAUCAACAGAACGAUGUCAAUGGCAGACAUUUACAUCCGGACCCGUUCUCUAAAUUCUGCACUGGGUAUUGCUACUGGCUUAUUGGCAGUAUGUCCAACUCUGCUGCUGUGACGGCUAUCUUGGUCGGGGCAUACAAGUCCUUCCAGGCCACUGGUGGCGCGAUGGCAUGGAGAGUAAACGCACUAAAAACUCCUUCCAUGUCACAGCUGGCGAUGAAUUGGGGGUUGUGCAUCGGGGCACUAAUUAUUGCUAUUCCCGCCGUGCUCUCGGUAACUUUGACAAAUGUUGUGCAACCGGAGCCUGUAGAGCAGCGGCAUAAGGGGAAUGUCAGAGUUGAGGAGUGGGAAAUUGACACGAAGAGGACCUCUUCAUAG